AUGAAUCUGAAGCGCCUUCUCCUCGCGGCGCUCCCUUCUCUCAUUUCGGCCGACCAAGUAUCCAAGUUGGCUUUCUCUGACGACGGAACCAUUCGCCAAUGGCUAUACGCGAGUGAGCUGGAUGAACGGUCGCUGGCCCUCCUCGACCGACCUGAUAUUGAGGGUAUACAGGUGAUAUAUCGAUGGAGAGUCCUCGAGCCAGAAAGAGACACGUACGACUUCUCCCAGAUCUACACAGAUCUUGAAGCUGUACAAUCAAAACAAGGCAAGAAGAAGUUGUGGAUCCAGCUCCAGGACCGCACGUUUGGCCCACGUAUACAGGCUGUCCCUGCUUAUCUCAAGACGGAGGAUUCAAACAGCACCGUGCCGCAGUGCGCCGGAGAUGAUGGCUGUGAUGGUGAUGCUGAAGUCGCCGGCUGGGUUGCGGCCCAAUGGAAUCCUCGCGUCCGCGAACGAUUCCAGGCUCUUGUCAAAAAGAGCUUGAUGGCAAGAUCUACGUCUGGCCCGUUGUCGGGCAAUUUCAACCCCCAGACCUACUUUGACGCCACGCUGGACAACGCAAAGUAUGCGGCAGAGGCAUUCAAGACGACAUACGUCGUGCAAUACGUCAACUUCUGGCCCAAUGGAACUUCCAAUGCGAACAACUACCUUUCGGACUCGUUUCAAUUCCUGGCCAAGAAUGGUAUAGGCAUCGGCGGGCCUGACAAUCUACCAUACAGGCCGUUUCAAGUAGCAAAUAGCUAUCCGUACCUAUGGGAAUAUCGCAACAAAGUCCCCAUCAGCGUCAUCGCCAUCCAAGAGCCUGACUUGUCGGCCACCAGCCCGAAUACCUCACUUCCAUAUACGAAGGACGAGUUCCUGGAUUAUGCCAUCAAUCACCUAGGAUCCAAGAUUCUGUUCUGGGCGACAUCUGCCCCCUGGUUGUGA